AUGUAUAUAUACGUAUAACAUACAUACAUAGAUUAUAUCGAGAGUGUCCCCGUUAAACUGCUUUCACCUCGUUUCGAAGAUGUUGUCGAGUAAUCGAAGGUAUACCAACAUGGUAUGGACAUUGGCGAGUUUACUUUGGCUGUUCGCCAAUCUUAUUACAAUUUCUCUUUGUCAAGAAAAAGAGGAAUCGCCAAAAGUACAAAUUAAAAAUGGCACGUUGAUCGGUUCGUUUAUGAGAACGAGAAACCAACGUAAAUUCGCUGGAUUCCGUGGUAUACCAUACGCAUUACCACCACUUGGCAAACUCAGAUUCGAACCACCACAACCGAUGACCUCGUGGAAAGGUACGUUGGAUGCACGAAAUGAUGCAUCAAUAUGCACUCAAAGAAAUAUUUAUACUCAUCAAGAAGAAAUCGUUGGUUCGGAGGAUUGCCUUUAUCUAAAUGUUUAUACACCUAAAGUACCUAACACAAACGAAGAAAAGAACCCUCGACAUAAUUUUCCCGUUAUGGUUUGGUUCCAUGGUGGUGGUUGGGUCACCGGUGCCGGUCAUUCCGAAUUUUAUGGACCUAAAUUCUUUUUGGAUCAUAACGUUGUCCUUGUUACGUUGAAUUUCAGACUUGGCCCACUGGGAUUUUUAAGUACGGAGGACUUGGUAUCGCCUGGAAAUCAAGGUUUAAAGGAUCAGGUUCAGGUACUUCGAUGGAUUAACGAAAAUAUUGCUGCAUUCGGUGGCGAUCCGAAUAGAGUGACAAUUUUUGGUGAGAGUGCUGGUGGUGCAAGCGUUCAUUAUCACAUGACGAGUAAUCUCUCAAAAGGUCUAUUCCAGCGUGCUAUAUCGCAAAGUGGCAACGCUCAUUGUCCCUGGACCUUAACGAGACCUGGCGAAGCCAAAAGAAAGGCAGAAACUAUUGGAAAACUUUUUAAUUGUCCGACCGAUGACUCGAUGGCAAUGAUAAACUGUCUUAAAACGAAAGACGCGUCCGACAUUAUUGGCACGGAUCGAACGUUUCAGGAAUUCGAUUAUUGUCCGAUGAUACCGUUCAGGCCAGUGAUCGAGCCCGAUCAUUCAAAUGCCUUUAUUACCAAGGAUCCCAUUGUUAGUACAAAAAUUGGUACAGUUUUGGAUAUACCAUGGAUGACAGGUGUUACUUCGGAGGAGGGAUCUCUCAGAGUACCAUCGCUCUACACUCUACACGAUGGAGAACUGAUCAAGAAAAUGAACGAUGAUUUUCCGAACGUUGCACCGUUGACCUUGUUACACGGUGAAACCUGUCCUGAUCAUUUGCGAGAUAUAAUUAGUCAUGCGAUACGAGAAUUUUAUUUCAAGGGAAAUCCUAUAGAUAAUUCCACUCGUUUUCAAGUUAUCGAUAUGUAUAGCGAUGCUUGGUUCAAUCAUUGUACUCGCACGUCGAUUCGUGAUUUUUACAGAACCCAAUCGUCCCCAAUUUAUUAUUAUUAUUUCUCUUACAAAGGUAGCGCCUCAUUUAGCAAAAUAUUCGGCGAUGAUAGCAUGGAUUACGGUGUAACGCAUGCCGACGAUUUGCAAUAUUUAUUUCCGGUUGGCGAACAAUUAUUUCCGGACGUUCCAUUGUCCAAAGAGGAUCAUAAAAUGAUCGAUAUUAUGACGCUACUUUGGUUCAAUUUCGCUAAAUCUGGAAAUCCCACGCCAGAAAUAACAGAAACUAUAACGGAAAAAUGGAAGCCAGUGAAGAGUGAGUCAUUAGAAUAUUAUCGUAUAAGCAAUUCAAUUUUAUCUAUGUCGGACGAUCUUCAUCCAGAAAGAAGAAAGUUUUGGGAUAAUUUGCCGGAAUGCAUUAAUCGGGAUAACGCGAAUAAGAUACCCCAUGGUAUUAAGGAGGAAUUAUAAAAUCGCGAGUUGUCGCGAUCGAUCUGUUGUCGCAUUAGAAAAUUAUUAGAAAAGUUAUAUGUAAUUAAAACGAGACUGUAUUUAACACAAAUUGUUUCCGAACAUCGUUAAAGGAAAAUGUUUUUAUAUAUCAUUAGAAAUGGAUAUUUCUAUUGGAACAGGAAUUUUAUAUGACUGAACAUAGAUUAUUAUAAUACAAUGAGGAUCUCACUACGUGAGUUUAGUACUGUUCCGUCUGAGUUGAUAUAAAUGUAGAAAUAAAAAAAAAAAAAAGAGAGAGAGAGAGAGAGAGAGAGUGAGAAUGAAGGAAAAAAGAAACAUACAUUAUUAUAUAAAUACGUACGUAGGUAUAAAAAUAAAUAUGAGCAAUAUAAAUAGAAAAAAAUAUGUAUCGACGAUUAAAAUCUAUUUAUCAUGCUCGUCGAAAGAAGCGAUCAGCAAUUUUUUUUUUUUUUUUUUUUUUUUUAACGUUACGAAGUGUAUGAAGCUAAAGAUCGUACGAAAAAAAAAAAGGAAAGAAAAAGAGAUAUCUCGCUAAUUAAAUUAAUAUUUGGUUUUAGUCGAUAACAUUGAAAUAUAGUCAUAAAUUUACGACUAUAUUUCUCCUUUUAGAAAUAUAUUGGAAUAAUGAAAUAAAAUAAAUUAAAAUUAUAAAAAACAAA